AUGUCUACCACUACAAUAUCUAGACCUGUUGAGACAAGGUCUUUUGGAAAUCGAAGUGUGAUGGAGCGUAUCCGAGAAAGACGCAGAGCGCAGGAAGCUAAACGAGCCCAGGAGGUCGACACUUCAAAUCUUUCUGUCGGAUUCAUGUCAAAAUCACGACGCGCUUCAAAUAUGCCGAGCUACCCUGGUCUUGAUCGUUGGCGUUUACAGGAGAAGAUCGGGGAUGGCGCUUUCAGCUGUGUUUACCGUGCGAGCGAUACCAAAUCCGAGUUCAGUGAAGUCGCCAUUAAAGUCACGAAGAAAUAUGAGAUGCAAGAAAAACAGAAAAAAAAGUUACAUGACGAAGUUGAGAUUACACGUAAACUCGAUCACGACAAUGUGGUUCGACUUAUCGACUCAUUUGAAUCAGCUCAAUAUCAUUAUAUGUUCUUGGAACUUUGCCCUGGAGGCGAACUAUACGAUCAAAUAGUCAAGUUUGCGUCUCUCGGUGAAGAAAUGGGCCGACAUGUCAUCACACAAGUUGCAAAUGCAGUGGAAUAUCUUCAUGAUACCAUGGGAAUUGUUCAUAGGGAUAUCAAACCGGAAAAUAUUCUCUUUUACCCUAAUUCUUCCACCCCGGGCAACACACAACCAGGGAAUGAAGAUGGAGCCGAAGAAGCCAUUUCAAUUGCCGAGGUUGGGUCUAGUGAUAUUGGCGUGGUCAAACUCGCCGACUUUGGGUUAUCUAAGGUCAUCUGUGGUGUUCCAGCCAUGACACCCUGUGGGACCAUGAGCUACGCUGCACCGGAACUAUUCAGACAACAUAAGUAUACAACCAGUGUCGACAUGUGGGCUCUCGGAUGUCUUCUGUUCACCAUGUUGGCCGGAUUCCCCCCUUUCUACGACGAAGAUCUUGACAUCAUGAGGCGGAAGAUCAUGCAAGGAGAAUACACAUUUUCAUCACCGAAGUGGGAUAAUAUUUCGGACAGCGCAAAGGAUCUCGUGUCUCGCCUUCUGACUGUUAGUCCUGAAGAAAGGUUAACUAUCAAGGAUUGUCUCGCUCAUCCUUGGAUGCGAGGUGAUUUAGAUGAAAAGACUGCUAGUGACAGCGACGCUUCAACACCCAUACCUGAACACCACUCUGCUUCGCAGGAGAAAGACUCAUUUAAAGAACAUUUCCAAGCAGUAACGGAUAAUGAGAGCGGGCAUUCUUAUCCUGAGACUCCCAAUAUUCGGGACAUCUACAAUGUUGCGCAUUCUGUGCAACAGCAGGAACACCAGUCACAACAACGAGAAUUAAAGGGCGGAGGAGCACCUCAAGGAUUCAGAGACAGGAUUAUGCUCAACAGAACACUUUCUGCUCUUUCCAACCUUAAUCUCAACAAUAGCAAGUUGCUUGAAAGGAGGCGGUUGCAAUGUGGUGGUCAUACAACUCCAAGCUGUUAG